AUGAUUAACGUCAGCAUGAAUCCAAUCACAUUUCUGAACGAGAUACACAAAAGGGGGGAUCCAAGGACGAGAGACUACCCCCUGGUCGUCAACCCCUUUUUCGUCUUCCCCCUGAUUCUAGGCUACCUGUACUUCGUGAAGGUGGCCGGUCCACGAUGGAUGAAGAACAGGGAACCCUUCGAGAUCACAAACAUCGUCCGCUUUUACAACCUCUGCAUGGUCGCUGUCAACGCCAGGUUUCUCUACAUCGUUCUGAAAAAUACUUAUCUUCCCGGAGGUCGGUACAGCCUCUGGUGUCAGGGAAUAACCGGGUACAUGGACGAAGAGCUCACCGAAUACUACAAGGGCGGUUGGUUCUUCGUCGCGGUUCGGUACGUCGACCUCUUGGACACCGUUUUCUGCGUCCUCCGCAAAAAGUUCAGACAAAUCACGCACUUGCACGUCAUUCAUCACGUCAUCGUAGCGACAAACGUCUGGUUCUGGACCCUGUUCGCUCCAGAAGGACAGGUCGCUCUUGGACUGGCCAUCAACGUGUUUGUGCAUGUCAUCAUGUACUCUUACUACUUUCUCGCUACCCUCGGACCCGGAGUGCAAAAGUACCUCUGGUGGAAGAAGUAUCUCACCACGUUGCAGAUCAUUCAGUUUGGGGUGUCGAUACUUCACCUUUCCAUUCCUUUAUUCGUUGACUGCGGCUUUCCCAAGUAUCUGAUCGUACUCGGCAACUUACAGACAUUCCUGAUAUUGUGUCUCUUUGUUAACUUUUUUGUGCACACGUACAAGAGAGAGGGUCCCUCUAUUAAAAGCGAAAAGAGUAGCGCCGUGGGAGACCUCCACCAGAACGUUGGGAACGUAAAGCCUGAUUAG